UACCAAAUAAAAGAGAAAAGGUAUUGAAAAGGACGAAUGGGUAUUGAAAAUUUCCUUUUAUUUUAUUAUAUUUUUUUGAGCUAAUAAAGUUAGAAGGACAAAAUUUGAGGAUGUGGUCGAGUAUUAGUCCUUAAAAUAUAAUUAUUUCAGAAUUUCAAGGAUAUUCAAGGACAAAAUUGUAAAAGGACAUUUUCGAUACCUAAUCGUCCAUAUGCAUAAAAAAAACCGGCUUUAAUUCUAUAGAAUUUUCCCCUUAAAUUGAUACCCAUACUGUUUUUCUACAUUGUACUCCAUUUUUUUUUUUUUAAUAAUGUUUCAAGUAAUCAUCACCCUUAUUGCAAGACUCACUUAUUGAACGAGAAAACGUCUUUGAAAAUACCACGGAUAAUCGAUAAUCGACUAAUAGGCGUUUAUCUACUACUAGUCGACACUCGCAAUAGGGGUGCAUAUUUUUUAAAUUUCAAAGUAGUUUUAAAAAUCCUGACGCCAGAGAGAUAAACUGAAAACGCAGUUUCGCGAAUAUGUUGUUUUUUUUUUUGUAAAAUUUACUGUUGCACGGUAUUAUUAUUCGAAAAGUCUUUCGAUUUCAAAGCGAUUUCUAGCCUGUAUGUUUUUGCAAAAUUCACGAAUUGCAUUUUUCUAUUUUUAUUUUUUCUUUCAUUUGUACGUUAUUUUUUUUUUGAAGUUGUUACAAUAUUUACGCAUAAUAUUGCAAUUAUUGUGGAAAAGUCGUACACUUCUGUUUGCAUACAUUUUAGUGAUGUAGUUUAGAACCAACAUUUUAUUGAGCAUUAAAGUUGCACAACCUAGGAUGGGCUUACUUACGGAAAAGUAUGUUGUGCAAACAGUAAAAGUGGAACAAAUAAAUCUUAUUAAUACAUAUGUAUAUUUAUGUAUACAAAGCAACAACCAUGUAAAAUGAAUACAUUUUAGUAAUAAGCCAUUAUCAAAUAAAUAAAAGUUUAAUUUUCAACUUAAAAUAAGUGUCUGUACAAAAACUUAUGUAUGUAUGUAUGUAUGUAUGUACAUGCACUGAUAAAUACAUAUGUAUGUAUUCACGUACCAUAGAUAAAUGACUAGUUUACCUUAAUUAGUUCGUUCUUAAGACAUAAGCAUACAUACAUAUACAUAUGUACAAGCAUAUUGCCAAUUGCGUCAUAAGCCGCUUUUGAUUCGCCACACAUUUGCUGCUCAUUAUGUGCUCGCUUAACCAAAAACUUGUAUAGAAAGGCAACAACAAAUUUAGCGAGCAGAAGCGAUUAAAUUUUGUACAUACAUAAGUACGUUAGGGUUUGUUUGAAUGUCUAUGCUUUAGGUUUAGAUGAGUUAUUGCGGUUCAAUUCGCUCCUCCUAGCUUACUUGUUUGGCGAAUCGAAAGCGGCGAUAUUCACGCGGGAUUCAUAUGUAAAUUAUAUGUGCAUUCUUAAACAAAUGUAUUAGUAUUAGUCCAAUACCGAUGAAUAAAGUUUUAUUAAGACGAAAUAAAGUCAAAAAUAUGGGUGGUAACGAGUAUCUUUUUGCAUGGGCUCUAAAUCAUUACCACUGCAACUCCCCUCCUACAUUCCACACUCAUUAAUAAAUCAUUAACCACCAACAUUUGCCACCACGUUUUCCCAUAUAAAAGCUCAAGUUCUUUUUCUAACAUAUUUUUUUCUGCUUUUUCAGGUGGAGCAGGUGGAACUGGAAGUUCAAAAGAAUGCGAAACUUUCGUUUGAGUGUAAAAUAUGACCUCUAAGUUCAAGGUGUGACUGCUAUGUAAAGGAUUCGAGCAAUAUUAUCGCAUUUCGAUUUUCAUUCUUACAAUAAUUGUUCACAAACUCGGCUAUUUGCAACAGCUUUAAUAAAAAAAAUACUAGUAAAAGCCUUUUCGAGUGACUGAGGAGGGUCUGCGAUGGAUAUCAGUUCCAGACUUGCUUAUUAAUGGUUUUGCUAAAAAUUAUUUAAGUAUUACACGUAUUGCUGGCCUAACUUGGAACGAGUGGAAUGCUCGUUUGGCAAUGCCUCUGGUCACACAGUUACGUGAAGGUUCACACCCACUAGUUUUCCCCACCGAUCUCUCACUGAAUACAGUGGACAAAGGUAGCGGUGCUAUUGGAACGACAUCACUGGAUUGCAAGUCGCCGGCUCCGGACACAUCGAGCGAAUUGAGCAGCAUUGCGGGCGGCGCUGCUCCCAACGAAGCGAACGCGUCGAAUGUCACUUUGAAUAGCAGCUCUGGCUCCAUAACGAAUGCCGCCGUGGUUGCCGAGAAACAGAACAGUGUAAAAAUGAAGCAUUUAACCGAAGAGGAAGCCGCUCUCUUGAUGUUGAAAGCAUCGGCGGAGAAGGCAAACGCCAACAACAGUGGCAAUCUCAGUGAUACCAGCUUCCAUGAGGAUAAUACUAAUGCCGGCGGCAGUAGUCUAAUCAGUACGAGUGGCGAGUACCAUUCAGCACUAAGUGGAGCAGCUGCCUUUGCGGAUGUUGGGGGCGCCAGCGGACUUUGCAAUAUCAACAUAUUAAGCAAUAUCAGCGCCCUGAACAGCCUCAUUGGUGCCGGAGGCAAUGGAUUAGGCGGAUCGGCGGCAGCUAGUAGUGCGGGGGGUGGAUUAGGUGGCGGUGGCGGCGGCGGCGGCGGCGGCGGCAGUGGUAGUGGCCACCCCUGCCCGGACUGUGGUCGUGUAUACAAGCUAAAGUCAUCGCUGCGUAACCACCAAAAGUGGGAAUGCGGAAAGGAGCCACAAUUCCAAUGUCCAUUCUGUGUAUAUCGUGCUAAACAGAAAAUGCAUAUCGGUCGCCACAUGGAACGAAUGCACAAAGAAAAGUUCAUUAAACUGGAGGACUUGAAGAGCUUCACAGGCGGCAGUGGCGACGACAGCGGCAGUGCCCCAGCUGCAGCUCUAUCGUCCACAGCGCCCAGUGAACUGCGUCCGAAUUUUUCUUAGCUCAAUAAAAAAUAAUGAGAUAGAUAACGCAGAGCCAUAUGAAACAACACUUUAAUAACACUAAGCGAGGGUUUACAAACAGAUCGAUUUUUUUUUUUUUAAGACUCAACACAGAUCGUCGUAUGUUGUUGAGUACAGUGAAAGUAAACAUGGAACUAGAGUGCCAAAUUUUUAUUGUAUUUUUUUUGUUUUUCGUAGUUUUUAAAAGCACCUUUUAAUGAUUAUUCAACGGAGAGUCGUUACAUUUCUAAUCUAACAGCUGUGACAGUGAAUUAGAGAUUUCGGACUAGAACUAGAAAAGUCCAGAAUCCUUGGAAUAUAAAUUUGCCAUUAAGAAGUUCGAUAUUUAUUAGCUGAUAACAGCUACAAAGAAAUAUAUGUAAUAAUACACCUUCUUGCACCUUCUUUACGAUAACAAACUUUUUACUAAGUAAGAUUUUUUCUAUUACAACUCUAUGUAUGUACAUACAUACAUACCGGAAUAUACAUUCAUACAUAUGUACAUACGUACAUUUGUACUUUUAUGUUUAAAGUUGUAACAGUCUGUUUUACAAAACUUUAGUGAAAUCUUGCAUUUCAUGUUGUUAUUAUAUUUGCCUUCAUAUACACUUUUGUAUGUACAACAUAUGUACAUACAUACAGUUUUACAUAAAUAAAUACAUAAAAGACAGGAAUGUUUGCAGAAAAAUGCUCAGGUGUACUCAGGUGCUGCAGUCACUGUGAUAGUACAAAUUCAGUUCAGAAUAUCAGGUUUGUUUCCAUGUUUUCUGUCAUGGAAAAUGAAGCAUUUUUUGUAUUACAUACAUACAUACAACCAUACAUUAAUUUUAUAUAUGAAAGUUUGUAGAUAAGAAUAAGAGCAAAUUGCAAAUUAAUUCCACUCAAAGCUUAAAGCAGCUAAACAGCAGUCCUU